GUCUCCUCCCGAAGCCCGAAAUCAUGUCAUCGUCAGAGGAGUUCUACAUCAUAGACUCUGACGAGUCUGGGUCGUUUGAGAUCGAAGACUCCGAGUCUGAGGACGACAACCCCGACAUUGCGCUUGAGAACGCAUUCCACGAGUCGAAGAGUCUCAUGGACGACGCACAUGCGGAGCAGGCGCUAGAGGGCUUUCAGAAGGUGCUGCGCUUGGAGGAGGAGCGGGGCAACCCGAGUGAGUACACGUACGACGCGGUGGGGUUUCUGGCGCGUCUGGCGUUUGGGCUCGGGCACGCUCGCGAUGAGGUACUGGGCUACUUUCGGCGGCAGGUGGAGCUGGGACAGACGGCGAUUGUGACGCGGAACCAUGCGGAGAAGUGCGUGUUUGAGCAACUGGACUUUUUUGCCAAGUCUGCCGAUGAUGUGGACUUGCUGGAAGCGGUGUACUCGCUGGCGCUGGAGGCGCUGAAGGACGACAACAAGCUGCGGUACAAGAUCCUGCUCAAGCUUGGCAACGUGUACCGCGAGAAGGACGACCACGCGCGCCUCAAGAGUGUUCUGGACGAGCUGUACGCGAUCUGCGACGCUGAGGGUUCGACCGGGGCGCAGAGGCUGGAGGCGUACGCGCUGGAGAUCCAGAUGCACACCAAGACGCGGAACCGCAAGAAGCUCACCGAGCUGUACGAAAAGUCGCUGGAGGUUUCGGACGCGAUCUCGCACCCGCGGACGAUGGGCAUCAUCCGCGAGUGUGGCGGAAAGAACAACCUGAUGAUGGGCGACUUUGAGGCGGCACAGCGCGACUUUUUCGAGUCGUUCAAGGCGUACGACAACGCGUCGGAUGGCCGGGCGGUUGGGUGCCUUAAGAUGUACAUCCUCUCGUCGAUGCUCUGCGAGUCAACAGUAGACCCGCUGGCGGCCAACGAGGUCAAGGGCUAUGUGGAGAACCGCGAGAUCUCGUCAUUUGUGGCGCUUGUUUCGGCGUACCAGCGCGACGACCUGCACGAGUUUGAGCGCGUGCUGCGGACGAACCGCCGGUCGUUUGACAACUUUCUCAAGGUCUACAUCGACGACCUGCUCAAGAACGUGCGCACCAACGUCAUUCUCCAGCUCAUUGCGCCGUACACAAACAUCUCGAUCGGCUUUGUGGCCAAGAAGCUCCGCAUUCCCGACGCCGAGGUCGAAGCUCUGCUCAUCUCGCUCAUCCUCGACGCCCGCAUCCUCGGCUACAUCGACCAGGUCGAGCAGCGCCUGACGCUGACCUCCAAGACCAAGUCCAAGGAUGAGACCCUUGCCGGCCUCAACCGCUGGGUCUCCCGCAUCGAGUCCAUGUCGGCCUCUAUCCAAGGCAAGAUCCGCUGAGUGUGCGUUGAGUGUGUACGCUGGGCUGAUGAUGGCGAUGGCAGCGCUGGUGCUGUCUCGAGGUCUGGACGAGAAGGGAGGGAUUGAGCCAGUGGUUGGCUGGCUGGUAGCAAGUCGUAAAGUAGUUUGUCGGGA